AUGACAGCGAUCGUCGACUGCGUGUAUGACGACGGGGGACUUGUUGGGCAGGCGAUGACCGCGUUGACGAGCGUCGCUGUCAUCCGACGAUGGCAUCCAAUAAACGCUGAGUCUAGACGAGGCGAGGGCGCAUUCAAUGGCGAAUACGGCAUUUCGUCGCGGAUGAGAGACCAGUGCCCGGGAGCGCGUCGCACGAACGUGCCGAAGGGGUCGCUCGAGAAAGGAAGCACGCUCGCCGCGUUUGCCUGGUUGGCCGUCGCCUUAUCGCGCACACCGGCGUAUAAGCGCGCUCAUGACGGGGCCAGUGGCCAACAAUCCAUCUGCGUGAACUCGCUGCAUGCCUGCCCGGCACACGUCCGCUCCCGAUCACGACCGCCACGCCGGACGCCGACUCCGCUUGUAUUUUAUAUCGACACACGGACAACUCGACGUAAGCCCGCCGUCAUCGUCGUCGUCGUCGCACCGAGUCCGCCGUCCCACCUUGCGAGCUGCGUGGUAUCCACCUCGAGAGACGCCGCCGACCUGCUGCGACCCGCAGACGACAGCCAGAGGACGAUGGAGACCCUGCUCUUCCAGCCCCGGCUGCCCGGAGCGGCAGCCGCGACGCCAGCCUACCCCUCGCCGUCCUCCUCCGCUUCAACCCAUCACUCGCCGCGGUCCCUCCUCUACCGCCGCCGCUCCGGCCAGCUCUCCGAAGCCGUCCCCGCCCCCAUGGCCCUUCCCCGGGACGCGGCGGAUCAGCACACCCGCGUCGACGGCGGCGCUGCUCCCCGCACGCGGCCCGCCGUCUCCUCCUCCUCCACCGCCCGCCUCGCCCGGCGCGCCGCCCCUGCUGCUCUCCCCUUCCGCCCGCUCACGCCUAUACUCUCUCCCUCGCUCCUGACGUCCCUCAACUCGCUCGACUCCACGCUCGGCGGCUCCCACCCGGCGUCAGACGCGAUCGACGACUAUCUCACCCAGGGACGCCCCCUGCCCACCGCCUCCGAUCCCGAUCCCGCCUCGCCCCCGGCCCCGCUCUGGACGUCCACCCCUCCCACGCCGCCGCCUUCGGCCUCCCCGCAGCUGCACCCCCAUCCGCGCCCGGACGACCACAAGCCCACCCGCGGUCGCCCAUCAGAGCGCCCGUACUCGCUCGCCUGGUUCCCCGACGCGUCCAUGAGAACAAGCCCAUCCGGACGCGACGAUCCGGCGCAACGGGCUCGCCGACGGGCCUCCACGCUUUUCCAGGUCGACGACGGCGCGGAGAUGGCCCGAUCGCGUUCGCCGAGCCCGCUCAGGCUGCGACGGCGCACCUCCGCCGCUUCCGCGCGCAGAGACGGCUCGGAAGAGCCCCGGACGUCGCCCGCCCGUCCGCACAAACGCCCGCCGAUCUUCCACAUCCCCACCGGCACCACGGACGACGACCACCGCUCCUCCCUCGGCAUCCUCUCUUCCGACGGCGGCGAACGCGGCGACGACGAGAACGGCUCCGAUGCGGAGGACGACGUCAAGUCGAGGGAGCCGUCGGAGGAGCGGCGGGCGUACGAGCGCGAAAAGACGAGGCAUCGCAAGUACCACGCGCUGAUGGAGCUUCUCAUGACCGAAGUCGGGUAUCUGCAGGACCUCCGCGUUCUCGUCCAUGUCUACCUGCAGCAGCUUUCCGCUCUGACGACACGCUCUGCCACGCCUGUCGCUCUCGCAUUUACUCGCCUCCCGCCUCCCCCUCCGGCGUCCCACAGCGCGAGCGGCAGCCACUCGCGCGCCAACUCGGGGUCCCGGCUGCCCACGCCCCCCUUGGGCAGCAACGGCGUCACUUCCUCCCCGUCCGCCUCUGCGACGCACUCCCCAGAGUCGAGUCCCAGGAUCGCCAAGGACAAGGACAAGAGCCCGGCCAAGUCGCUCUUGUCCGCCGCGCAAACCGACGCGAUCCGACGCAACGCGGAUCAGCUGCUCCAGUUCCACGAGUGGUUCACGUUCGAGCUGCGGGAAGCCGUCAAGCUCCACGGGUUCGAUCUCGAGGACGAAGAGGCACCCGGGAGGAACAAGGAGCCUCCCGCGAUCGAGCACAUUGACGCCGCCAUCGUCGCGGUCAUGACCAAGUUCACCACCCAAGCUUCGCUUUUCAACGUGUACCAGUUUUACUGCUCGCGGCAGACCGAAGCCGCCGACGCGGUGCGCAAGUUGCAGCACACCUACCAAACGGAGUGGGACCACUACGAACAGCGCUGCCAGUUCCUCGUCACCCGCGGCAUCGAAGAGGAAACGCGACUGCGGAAAAACUCCGAGUCUUGCGCGAUGGGAGGGCGUUCGAACGCCGUCAUCCUGCCGGACGACCCUCCCGGAACGGACGCGGACGCGGACUUUGUAGCCCGGAGACGGAGACGGCACUCGACCUCCUCGCUCGCGCCCGUCGCGUUCACUACCAAGUCCCUUUGGAACGGCAGCGCGGCCGCCAAGCCCGAGCCGGGCGGCUCUUCGCGUUCGCAGGCCUCGCGCCUCUGCCUCUUGGACUACCUCGUCAAGCCCGUGCAGCGGAUCUGCAGGUACCCGCUCCUCUUCGACCCGCUCAAGGCGCGGAAGGGCUCGAACGCCCACGCCGCGCAGAACUCGUACGCCCACGGCGAGCUCCGCCUCCCGAACAGCCUCACGGCCGAUAUCGUGAUCGAGAGCGCGUCCCAGGCGAUGCGGCACGUCAUCUCCAUGGUCGACGAGGCGCGCGACCGCCAGGACGUGUUCACCAAGUCGGCGCUGAUCGCGUCGCGCAUUUCCCGACCCUCGGCCGCGACGCACGGCCUCUCGGCCGACUUUAUGGACUCGCUGGGCCCGUGCAUGCUCGCGGGUUCGUUGGACGUGAUGCAGGAGCACAAGGAAGUGUCGAGCGGCGUGCUGGACGUCAAGUACCUCGGCGCUUUCUUGUACGCGGGCGGGUACCUGCUCAUGGUGAAGGCCAUCGAGGGCAAGGGCAAGUCGAGGGUGUACGAGCCUAGGCACUGGUUCUCGCUGGUGGGAUCUGAUCUCGUGGACGUCCCCGAGGACGAAGCGCUACUGCCGUGCUCGUUCUGCAUCGUCGUUUGCGGCCGUCGGUUCAACCUGACCGCCGCUUGCAGGCACGAGAAACAGAUCUGGAUGGCGUCGAUCCGCCAGGCGCUCACGUCGGAACCGGCAUGGGCGAAGGAGCCCACCUCCAGCAUCCACCGCGCGAGCAAAACCGAGGCGCCCGCUCCUCCCGACGAUCCCGGUUCCAGCGAGUCGGGUACCACGCCGGAUCGCGUCCGCCCCGAGGGCCGGUCUCCCCCUCCUUCGUCCUUCAAGGAGCGCGGAGUAGACGCGUCCGGACAGAGUACCCCCGGCCGUCGCAUGUCAGCCACCUCCGUCAAGACCGUCUCCUCCGGCGCGGAGGACGUCCUCGUCCGCCGAUCGUCUGCCGCGCACAGGAAAGAGACGAACCGUGCGCUCGCCGACGUGCUGUCCACCAUCAUCUCCUCUGCUCGCUUUCAAGCGGAGACGCACGACGAGGAGCUGUUCAGGGGUCCGAAGCGGCCAGGGGGCGUGUCGAGGACCAACUCGACCCUCAGCAUGACCGGCAUGGGCAUCGCCGCGAAGGACCGACUGCGCGGGCGCGAGAGCGUGCUCGUCGCCCGUCGGGGUAGCUACGCCUCGGACGUGGCCAUGCUCCCUCACUCCGGGGAUGCCAUCGUCGAUUACCAGCGCAUGACGCUCUCCCGCGGCAAGUCCAAAUCAGCCAAGGCGCAGCUCAAGAAGGCGCUCGCCAUUUCGCCCAUCGUGGUGGUCCCGACGGAGCUGAAGGACAACGGCCAACACACCGUCGAUUUGAGCCGCCCCCCGGCGUCGCACUCCCCCGACGGCUCGACCGAUUCGGAGGAUAUCCUCCACGCCCCGAGGUCUGCGAUCGAUCUGACUUAUGCGCCGGUCGUCUCCCCGGACCUGGACGCCCCGAUCGUCGUCCUCCCUGCAGACGCUGCCUAUCGACCCAAACGGACUCGGUCCAUGGUCGACAACGUCCGCGACUUUUUCGCCUCUCGACCCUCGUCCCCGUCUACUUCCCUUUCUUCCAUCGGUCGGCCCAGCUCCGUCGUCGUCUCGUCCGACUCCCCCAGUAACCCAUCCCCGAGCCGCUUCAGGUGGCUGGUGAACCGGUCUCUUCGAAAGCGCGUGUGGAGCAAUCCAGACGUCCCGAAGCAGGAGGGCUCGUCGCCGUCGCCGUCGACACCGGCCAACGAUGAGGACACGCUUCUCCCUGCGGAGCCGUACUCGGCCACCACUCUCAGAACCAUCGUCGAGGCCGCCCCUCUGGGAGGCUCGAGCGCGACCAUCACGCGCCAUAGAUCCCUCCUUUCUCCCUUGUCGCGCGAGACAGACACGUUGCGAUCCAAACGAUCCAACGGGCCUUCGCGGCGCAAGUCGAUAAAGCACGUCCUGUUCUCGGGCCGCGCUGACGCCUCCGGCGCCGCUCAGGCGCCUUCAUAAGCCCCAUCGUCGUUUCGUUCCUUCUUCGCCUGUUUUAAUCAUAAC